GGGAUCCGGCGGCGAGUGUUUUCGGGGGCCCGUCCGUGAGGAACACACAAGGACGGAUCGGAUAGUCGGAAUUUUUGAGUCGAUCUGUAUGAAUGACACAAACCGCUGUGGGGAUUUUGCUGUAUGUGUGGAGCGUUCUGGAGUGUCCGUCCAGUGUCAUGGAAUGCUGAUGAUGUAAAAAACUGGACUGAGGGGGUGCCCUCCAGGGCUGUAGUGUCUCUACAUCUGAAAGCAUGUUCUAGUGUGGACACUGAACAGUAACCAUGAAAGGCUUAGGGGCCAACCGUAGCCGACAUCUCUCAGAUACCUGCGACCCCACUGCAGGCCCCCAGGAGCCCUUGUGUCCCUUGGCCCCAGAUCCCCAGGCCGCCUACCUCCUGAGCCCCACCAUCAAUCAUUAUGGCACUCUGGAUCCUCAUCUCCACCACUUCCCAGUUUCCACCACCACCUCCCUGCAGUCGGACUGUCUUCUGUCCCUAAACAACCAGCUGACGAACAGCAGCACCUUCCCCCGGCUCCACUACACCACCCAACAGGAGCAGAGCGAGUACAUGCAGCAGGACUAUGUGGCUCAGACAGGCAAUCGUGCUGGCACCCUCACCUCCUCUAUGUCCAUGGGUCUUGGCCUGGGAUUGAACGCCCCUGCCAUGAUCUCCAGUGGCACUGCCACCAUCUCGUCUGCGGCCGCUGCAAAGAUGAACCAGAUUCCAGCCAACCUCCUCGACCAGCUGGAACGCCACCUGCCACUCCAGCGAGAUGGCUUCAGCACGCUGCAGUUCCACCGGCGCAGUCGCGGCUCCAAGCAGCGUAGCGAGAGUCCGAGCCGCAUCCGCAACUUGGUGCAGUCCGUACAGAAACUCUUCGCCAAGUCGCAGUCUUUGGAGGUGUCGGCGGUCAAAGGGAGCAUUACUGCAGGUCAAGGUGGCGACAGUGUGAAGACGGCCCGACGAAGCAAAAGCAAAGACCGAGCCAAGACGGAGGGCACCAAAAGGCGACCGCGGCCCAACCUCUCAGGAUUCUGGAGCUCGGAUGACGGCUUAGAGGACGAGCCAACAACUCAACCCGCUGCCGGUCCAUUAGCAGUGGCUUAUCGUAACCCAUUGAGUAUGAUGACGUUGGGUAGAGCCGUUUCGGACAGUCAGGCGGCACCCAGAUCACACCCACAGGGCUACAACACCAUCGCAGCACACUCACUCAAAUCGUCCAUGAGCAGCGGUGAUCUGAAGCCGCAGUCAGUGCUGGCACCCUCCGGUGGCCAAACAGGGGACAACACGCUGGUGAAGAGAGGCUCCUGGUCGACACUGACCCUCAAUCAGGCCAGACAGGUGCUUCAGAAGGGAUCUGCCACUGUGAACAGGACCCUACUCAAGUCCAAGUCCUGCCACGGUCAGGAGAUGACCUUCAACUUUCUACAGGUGCCCACAGGCGAGUGGAGUGGGACACUGAGUAAGUCAGGGGCCACGGGUGAGAUCCCGUGCAGGAGAAUGCGCAGCGGCAGUUACGUUAAAGCCAUGGGAGACACGGAGGACAGCGAUGACUCAGACAGCCCACCCUCACCCAAACCCUCGCCCAAGACCGCCGCCAGACGACAGAGUUACCUGAAGGCCACACAGCACUCUCUGAGCGAACAGCAGCCACUCCUGCCACGCAAACAGAGCCCCUGUCCGUUCAUGAGGAAGCAGUUUGGUGUGGUCUGGUCUCCUCUGCACAACGCCAGCUCAGUGCCACACCUGUACAGCUGUAUGCCAUCUCUGUGUGAGGUCUCCACCAAUCACAGUCUGGAUAACCUGGACUGUUUGAUGGCACCGAGUGAGGCGGUCCUGCGGGAUGCGGGAUUCGUUCAGGGUUGCGCUUCACUGGGACGAGGGACUACCAUGAGCCAGGUGGAGCAGGGUUACCUGAGCGGCACGGCUUACAGGCAGGUGGACUCUCAGGCGGUGAAGGCUUUAGAUCUGCCCAUGCCCACCUGCUUCAGGUCUCGAAGCCACAGUUACCUGCGGGCGAUUCAGGCCGGCUGCUCUCAAGACGACGAUACGGGCUCUGUGGACUCAGAUGAAACCCCGCCCACAACUACAUCCAUCAGUAGCUAUAUCCACAACACCGCUGCCUGUAGGAAGGCUCCGCCCCCUAUUCCUCCACGUACCACCUCGAAACCCUUCAUCUCCGUGACGGUCCAAAGCAGCACCGAAUCUGCCCAGGACACGUAUUUGGACAGCCAGGACCAGCGCAGCGAGGUCAACAGCCAAUCAGGACGCAGCAACUCUUCUGACAGCCUCGCCAGCUCUCGUACAGGAAGUCUGGUGAAGUGUUUCAAGCGGCCACCCAUCCUACCCCCCAUCCCUGCCCCGCGGGAACCCGUACCUUUGCCCAGUGCGAGAGUUACCACCCCGCCUCCCACUAUUGUUCCGCCCUCUCCUGCCCCAGACGCCAAAAAUCAGCCAGUGAGUCUGACGGUGGCAGCUGAUGAACCACAAGCACCGCCCAAGAGAAAACUCUCAUCAAUUGGAAUUCAGGUGGAUUGUGUCCAGCCGGUUCUGAAAGAGGAACAACCUCCCACGACCAGGUUUCAGUCUAUCGGCGUUCAAGUUGAAGACGGCAGGCCACUCAGUCGCUUCACUAGCAUGGCAUCUAGACAGGAGACGACGGAGGCCGAAUCUCAGGAGCAGUCCGACGGUAAACCUGCUGUGAAUAAGAUGCCCAGCCAAUUGCUGGACGGUGGCAUGCACAAACCCUCGAGACCAGACGUGACGCGCUGCAGUUCUGCCUCGCUGCAGGAAACGCUGGAUCCUGCUCUGGAUCCUUCCUCGCUCCCCCCGCCUGACCCCUCACUGCAGGCCGGGACCGGCAGUGUGAAUGGAGCCGUGGAGCAGCCCAGGGCGGCGGCUUGCCUCAGAGAUGGACGCUGGUUCCAGAAGCUUCUUCAAGCUGAGACAGACCGCAUGGAGGCCUGGUGUCAACAGAUGGACCAGGAGACCAAAGACAAACAACUGUCCGAGGAAGUGUUGGGAAAGAUCCGCAGUGCGGUUGGCAGCGCUCAACUCUUAAUGUCUCAGAAGUUUCAGCAGUUCCUGGGGCUUUGUGAGCAGAACCUGGAUGCAAACGCUCAGCCCCGGCCAACGGCGCAGGAUCUGGCGGGGUUCUGGGAUCUGUUGCAGCUGUCCAUUGAAGAUAUCAGCAUGAAGUUUGACGAGCUCCAUCUCCUCAGGUCCAACGACUGGAAGAUGUCCGAGACGCAGGACAAAAAGGAGGAGAAGAAGCCGGCUCCUGCGCACACACCAAAGAAGACGGUAAAAGUGAAAUCCACCGGCGGGAAGGAAAAAAGCGGCGACUCUGUGGCCGACAAGCAACGUCAGGAAGCCAGAAAACGACUGAUGGCGGCCAAGCGAGCAGUGUCAGAACGACAAAACUCAGCCACGGAGAGCGCCGAAAGCAUUGAAAUCUACGUUCCAGAGGCCCAAACGCGACUUUAAGAAACAAGAAAUAAAAACUCAUACACCUCUGAAUCUUGCGCACACGGACGCCGCACUCGUAUGGAGAAUACUAAGGUUGGAUCUGUAGCUGUGGCAUGCAAAAAGGAGGUGUGGUAAACAACAAGCAAAAAAAUAACGAUUGGGAAAAAAAAUGGACAUCAGUUUUGAACGCUACUGCGUCACCGCUGCCACAGAAGAACCUCCCGUUGACGUUUGUUUCUAUAGUAACCCUUGUUAUAAUUCUAAAUGUUAUAAAAUUUAAUUAUCUCAUGGAAUAUAUCAAGACUUUGUCUGUAAAUUGUGCUAAUAUCUCUGAUGAAAAGACGUUAUUUGCCGCGUCAGAUCGUCAACCCUUUACACGCAUCACAUGACCCACCGAACACUCCUGGCCGACGUUUUUUGCGCCCCUCGUUCAGCAUGCACUCAGGACCUGCACGUGUGCACUUGUAUUUCAUCAACGCAGUCUUCCUGUUCUCACAAAAACGCAUUUAUUUCACUUUUUGUUAACUUCGCAAAUUUUUGGCCAUAUGGAGUGUCUUCAAUGGGAGCAAGAACGCAAGGCAUUUGAAUGCCGUUACGAAUGUGAAUGUUAACGAUUUUUCGCGUCCAGUCAGUAGCUUCUGGAACUCUGUCAUUAAAUGUUUUGAUGGUACAACAGACACUUGAAAUUCAACAAAACAAAUCAAUGCAGGACGUCAACAGUAAAAUAGCACAGAUCCCAAACCAACCCAACCUGAAAGUUAGAAAAUUCUAGCACUCCGCUUAUUUUCGUUUUAACUUUGUCCACUCAUGUUUUUGUUCACUCCACUUUUUUCACCACAGUAAAAAGGUUUUCUUGAAACUUUAUAGAUUUCACUUUUCACUCCAGUAAAAAUUGAUGCAGAAACACAUUUCAGCUUGUUUUGUUUUCCACGUUGCAUCACACUGAGCACAUAGAAAUUGUCGAACAGUCAAAUCAUCUGUCGAUCUGUCUGUCUCUCGUAGGUUAAAAAUACGACCACUUAACUUUGUUUUUAAGAUGAAUGUUUUAAAAAAAUUCAACAUGAUAAUUGUCCAAAUUUUUACUUGGGCCAACAAGUUCUUUUUGUAAUAUUAUUGUAAUUAAUAUUAUAAUUAUUGUUAUUUUAAAAGUUUCACUUUUGUUUUCUGUUGUUGUCCAAUCAUUCCAUGUGUACUACAUGUGUACUGAUUUCUGACCGGUUUAAGCAAUGAUAGUACAUCCGCGUUUUUGUGUGUGUGUGUGUGUGUGUUUUAUGUGCGAGACCAAUUAGAGCCAAUCAUUUGUGAUAGAGGAUGUUUUGUUUUUGUUUUUUAAUUUCUUUAUCAGAUAUUAAAAACUUCCAUUACCCAGAACUUGUUCAUAUGAUCUGGAGAACUUUCAUGUAGCAGAAAAAAAUAAACAAAAAUAAUUCUCAUCUCACUCAUUUUGGCCUCGUGCACCAAAUGCAAGCGAAACACAUUUCCGUGUAAGCUCUUCGUAAAACCUUGCUUACGUAAAUUAUCGUAUUUAUUUCAAUGUGUUAAUAUAAGAAGGCGUUUUACGAAUGGUUUACGAAGAAAUUCGUUUCAUGAAUGAGGCCUUAUGAGUUUACAUCUACAGUUUGUUGUAGACACAUCAACACACCCAAAACCUUUUAUUUCUAGCAAAAACAAUCAGGCAGUCAGAUAUUUAAAGGCAAAGUGUGUCAUUAAUGAUAUUGCAAAAUAUUACGAUAUUGCAAAAAUAAUUGUUACCAAACACUUCUACCACCCUGCCUUUGACUGCCAUUGUUGAAAAAACAGGUAGUCCCGCCCCCAAACUCACGCGAUUGGUUGAGUCAGAAGUUGACGUGUUGAAAGCGCUGUAGAGUCAGUGGUUACACUCUUCAGGAAGUCGACAAACGAAUGGCUUACUUAUACGCUUCACCUUUAUGAGCUGGGAAAAUCAAUAAAUAAAUGUGCCAAUUACCUAUGAUCCUGAUUCAAAGAGUCAAGUUCACACCAAACUGUUUUCUAUGGAAGCCCGUUUCUGCCACGUCCAAUAACAAAAUUCCAGUGUACAAAUCAUUGUUUUGAGACAUUAUCUCAUAAUUCAAAGUUUAAAUUAAAACAAAUAUGUAACCCCUGGUUGAUCUCAAUAAUUUGAAAUGUUAUGGUUUUGAAAUGGUAUCUCAAAAUAAUGAGAGAAUAAAUAAAAAUUAUAUGAAAAAUAAUAAAUAAUGUGUGCGGAAAUUAGCUUCCAUUGUUUUUAUAGCCAAAAAGAGAAAAUUUGGUUGUAGGAUGGCAAAUAACUGUUUAGGCAAGAAAUAUAUUUAUUUUUUCUACUAUUUCUACGAAACCGCUCCAAAGACUUUCUCCAAAAAAAGGCUUUUUGCCACAUUUAAAGCUGAAGUGUUUAUGGGUGUGUGAACCCUUACAGUACGUUAACCAUUAACUACCCCUGCAGUCAGUGAAUGAUCAACGCCACGUGAUGCCAUCACAUUGUGGUACCAGGUCACUUUUAAUAACCUUUACACUCACUUUCCCUUGAUAGUUCAUUUUUCUCCCAUCCUCUACUAAAUGAAUAAAGCCCUAAAAUCCAAUUGGUUGAUAGGAAUGUUUUUCCCGGAACAUGUCCUACUUGUUAAUUUAGACGCUAUGUGGAGUUAUAAUUAAGCAUCAGUUAAGCCUUGUUUCAAUUUUCCACAGUGUUUGGGAGAAAUGCAAUAAAGAACAAAGGUUCACAUAUAUAUUUACAGUAUACAGAUGCAUCUCAAUAAAUUAGAAUGUCGUGGAAAAGUUCAUUUAUUUCAGU